GCAAAACUAUUUCGCAUCUUUCAACGCGUUUUAAGCGUCGAACGUGAUACUCAUCAUGAAGAGCUGCGGCGUCUUGGUAUCUAUGUUGUACGUAAAUUUGUCGAAGUGGCGCCCACAAAUCCGAAAAUCUUCGCUGAAUUAUUAUUCUGGAAAACGAUGAAAGAGGCAAACGAGUUGGAAGGCGGCUAUUGUGAUGCAUAUGAGCCCGCUAAAGGCGCCUGGACCGAAGAGCAAGAAGACCAACUGCGUAUGCUAUUUGAGGAAAAUCAACGUAAUCCUGAAACUGAUAAGGAUGUGAUUGAUUGGAUCAUCGAGCAUUUGAACGACAAGACACGCACUCGACGCAUGAUACUUAAGAAAUUAAAGGAACUCGGUUUGAUGUUUAAGGCGCCCACCAAGCGUUCUACGGCGAAUGCUGCUAAUAAGCAUCUCUGGCGCACCGAAGAGGAUGAGGAGCUACAAAGCCUCUAUGACGAACAUCGAUUGGAGGAAGAUUGCUUACAGCGCAUUCUCAACGAAUUCGCUGAUCGGCGUACAAAACGUCAAAUUAUUCAGCGCCUUCUUCAGCUACACAUCAUCGCAGAUAAGUCAGAAAUUAUGCCGAAGAAGCAACGCAAACGCAAGCCAAAGAAGAAAACGGGCAGCUUUGAAGGCACUGAUGAUGAAGGUGGCUUUAUGGAAGAACCCGUAUUCGGCGAGUUGGAACCAGCGUCCGGCAAUAAAACCAAAUCAAAGAAGAAAAACAAACUGAAGAAAAAUAAAAACAAACCAGCGGCGCUACCCAAACCAUCGAAACCGGUAAAGCGGAAAGUGGUGCGAACGCCGCUCGAUGUGGGCACUGUGCGGGCAUUGAUUGCACAAGUUAUCGAGAAGUACCAGGACUCAAUCGAUUGGCUUAAAGAGUGUCUAGAGGAUGCAGCCGAAGAAACAGAGGAACCCAACGAAGAGGAUGAUGGUGUACCGUUGGUGCCACUACAAGAAUCUGCCUGCGAAGCUAUAGAGAAUGCGGAUUUUCAAAAGAUACUCGUUGCUUUGGGCAUACAACCACCCUUGUUGGGUUCAGAAAGCUAUUGGCGCAUACCUGUGUAUCUUAACUCGGCCGACUUAAAGCUACGCGCUAAAAUAGUAGCUGGCGAAGAAAUCGAAAUUGAUUUGGAAGGCAUAGGGGAUGAAGGUGGGGACGCCAUUGAAGCGCCAGAAGGAGGAAUCGAUAAUGAGAAUGAUGACAGUGAUGACUCUAGCAGUGAAUCUGAAUCCGAUGCUAGCGGAGCAUCGAAGCAAGACAGUGAGAGCGAGGAAGAUUUCUUUGAUAACUUUGCUGAAAAGCACAAAAAGCGCAUAGCAGCAAUGGAUAGCUUCAUAGAAAAGCGUUCACAGAAAAUGCGUAGCAUAAUGUUUAACAAAAGCGAUGAGGAGGACACUGAACGUGCUGGCAUAGGACAGAAGAAGAAGCGUCAACGUAAGCCUAAAGAAGAAGAGAAAAAACUGCACGAACACUCGGAGGAUGAGGCUGCACAAGUUGAUGAAAUCAAGAGAAAGCUCGACAAAAAGCGUCGUCAACCAGCCAUAAGCAGCGACGAUGAGGAUGAGCACAUUGAGAAACUAUUCAGCGAGAAAAAUACCGAUGCCGCAACCGAUUUAUUCGAUCAAUUGAAAUCUAAAACCAACAAGCAAAAGCGUAAAGAGACCACUUACACCGAAGAAUUGGAAGAGCUCAAUUUCAAUUCAGAAGACUAUCGUAAACGUUUACUCGAGCUGGGCGAAAGUGACGAAGAAAACGCAAUCGCCAAUGAAAAUGUGAGCAGCACUAGUAACAAUAAAACUCGCGUGCGGCGGGCUAACAUAAUUGACUCAGACAGCGAAGAUGAGAACCAGAAUGAGAUUGGCAAGGAUGAGAUGAUUGACGGCGAACAAAAUGCCAAGGACGUCAGCGGAGACAACAAAGGCGUUAAUAAAGCCAACGCCAUCAAUGAAAACGACGGCACUGCUGACAAAGAAGCUGCGACCGUUUCCGUUACUGAUACUGCCGCUGAUGCUGAUAUUGAGGGCGACGGUAAUUUGGGUGCUGCCAUUGUUGACAAAACAAGCAAUCAAGCGCAUGUUGGUGACAUAACCACAGGAGCGGACGAUACAGGAGCCGUUUUAGAGGAGACUCUACUGCCUGCAGCUACAAAUAAACGCACUCGUGGUGUUUUGAACGAUAGCGAUGAGGAAGAAGAAAGUUUCAGUAGGCUUCAAGUCACGGACGACGAGGAAGAGGAUACAUUUAUCGCGCGUCGAAAGCCAAAUCAAGAGGAACAACAGCGUUUAGCCAGCGGGGAGGAACCCGCCAAGCGUCGCCGUAUAGCUAUUAUCGACGACGACGAUGAUGAUGAGUAGGCAUCUGCUGCCUAAAACUCUUUGAAUAUCUGUGCACUUUACUGACUUUCUUCUUCGUUCUUUGGGCGAAUUAGUUUUACAUGAAUUUCGAAUUUGAAUUUGGCUAUUUUACGUUUACUACAUUUUUGUUUCAUUUAUUUUUAAUCUGAAGACAAGACGUAAAGUGUACAAAAAAUCCAUGUUCGCUUUUAUUUUACAAUUAUUUGCUUUUAUAAAUAAAAGAUU